CUCAAACAGUUUUGAAGCAAACAAAUAACUAACCCAUCAUCAAUCAAUGGCGGCAACGACAGCAACCGUAGCACCACCACUCCGACCACUGUCGCCGUUAACCGCCACCUACUUACACCACAAAUUCCUUAAAAUUCGUUCCAUAUCAUCCCACUCCUUUUCUUCUUGCAUCAAACACAAACCUCAGUAUCACAGACCUUCAAUUUCCACUACCUGCUCACUUUCUGACGGAACUACUACAACUUCAGCUACAAAUGUUGCUGUUGCUGAUUCUUCUCUAGCUGUGAAGAAAAGAGCAGCUGAUCUUUCUCCAGAACUUAAAGGAACUUCAAUUUUUCUUGUUGGAAUGAAUUGUUCUAUCAAGACCAAUUUGGGAAAAUAUCUAGCAGAUAAUUUAAGAUAUUAUUAUUUUGACAGUGAUAGUUUGGUUGAGGAAGCAGCCGGCAGUGCAUCUGCUGCCAAGUCUUUUAAGGAAGCUGAUGAAAAAGGUUUUCGAGAGUCUGAGACAGAAGUAUUGAGGCAGUUAUCAUCAAUGGGUCGGUUGGUGGUUUGUGCCGGAGAUGGUGCAGUUCAGAAUUCCACUAACCUCGGACUCCUGAGACAUGGAAUCUCACUAUGGAUUGAUGUACCCUUGGACAUGGUUGCCCAAGGUAUGCCUGAAGACCAGAGUCAACUUCCUGAAUCCGAUUCAGAGGUGUUAACUCAGUUAGUUGCUACAUAUGAACAAAUGAGAGGAGGUUAUGCUACAGCUGAUGCCACAAUAUCCCUGCAGAAAGUAGCUGUCCAAUUAGGCUACGAUGAGCUGGAUUCAGUGACCACAGAGGAUAUGACAUUGGAGGUUCUUAAGGAGUUGGAGAAACUGACAAGAGUAAAAAAGAUGAUGCAAGAAGCUGCAAGACCCUUUUAGCAAACCACAUCAAAUUACCAAAUUUCACUGAAAGUGUGAGUCAAGUUGAGAUCUGUCUCGGGUAUGAUUUUGUUAUUGCAAGUAUAUAUAUAUCAGCAUCAUACACUGCUGUAAUUGGUUGUAUCCAAAAGAUUAAAUGUUACAUGAUCCUAAGACGUGGUUUUGAUCA